GAAUAGAUGCAGUAAAGUAAGCUGGAAACUUCCCGCUUAUCCAGGUGUCUCUGCCCUCAGCAGAGCAAACUCAAAGCAAGGACGCAACGAGAAUUCGAUCUUGGAAUAUAUCACCUCUUGUGUCAAUUAUUCUCCGAUACCUGUUCCAAUAUUGCUAUUUCGACUUCUAGUUUUCGCCUUGUCUCUAAUUGCGUCCCCAUCAACUCGCCUCGGAUCAAGCUACUAUUCAUCUGCAGCCCAGGAACCAUGCGGCCUUUCUACUUCAAUCUCCUUCCUGCGCUCUCCCUAUUCUCCCUAUCCGCGGCCACCACCUCCUCUCAGCCACUGUCAGCCGAGAUCCUAUGCUGGCCUGUAGCGUCACCCGAGCCGUCCGUCCUUGCUCACGUCUCGUACGAUUCGGCCACCUUGCAACCAGAACUCACCUUCCCUUCAACGAAUAUUGUCGCCGCGUGCGGUGAUCACGAACCGCAGGAUGAGUCCAAUGACUUGAUUCGUCUGGGCCUGUACACCUCUACGUCUACAAACACCAAACAAUGGGUAGGGACACUCGUCUCAAGGUCCUCCCUCAUAGGGGGCGAGACCGACAGGCCAACGCUCCGGCUUCAUGUCGGCCCGUCCAACAAAAUCUACUACGUUGACUUGCUGUCGUCUACCUCAUCGAUUUCUUCUUCUACGCCUGUAAGCCCAAAGUUGGAGCUGUUGUCUAAUCAAGCCGGUCCACGCCCACAUCUCAAUCAGCCUAUCGUGCUUGGUCCGGAUGGCAAAAAUACAGAGGAGGUCGUCGAGAAAACUAUAUUCCAAAAAUACUGGUGGGUUUUCCUCAUUAUCACAUUCCUGGCUAUGUCUGGCGGCGGGGAAAAUCAGUAGAUUCUUUACAAAACCAUUGCGUAGAUCAACUGUUCUCCCUAAGGCAUGGUAUGCUAGUGCUACUUGGCUAGAUUUGUUGCUGGGAGCAGAUUCCCAAGACUUGUCUUAAUUUUUAGCAAAUCAAUGUGGUCGUCGUCCCAGACGCUAUGCAUUUCCUCCAGAACACCAUAAAACUCAAUUCAUUUGCCACAUUCGGAUUCCAGAUUCGCCUGUCGCUCUGCAGCUCCGGCAUGAAAGGAAGGGGAAAGAAGACUAAACAAAAGAAAAAAAGAAAAAAGCAUGCUAAAACGUACGAACGUGUCCGGCAUCAGCUAGCCGCAAAUAGAUGUUGUGGUGGUAUCAUGCAUUUGCCUUUGAUUAUGGGGACUAGCACUGCUAUUACUCGCCUCCCAGAGAGGAGGAUCAAAAGAGAUAGGCAAUCUGAAAGACGAUCCAGAUGUGCCUCCUGACAUUGUACGUCUAUAUCAUGAUGAAGCGCAAUGGGAAUUGUGCUACAAUUAAUUGGGCGAAACAAAGUGUGGAAUAUGUUUUAUGA